AUGGCAGACUAUAAUCCACCGACUGGACCUCCUCCGCCGAAGGACGGCAUGAAAGACGGCGCACCACCAUCAUACCCACCUCAAGUCCACCACGACGCGGGUCCCUACUAUCCCCCAAACUCAAGUCAAUCACCAGCGCCGGGUCCAGUGGGCCAAGUUGGCACGUACCCUCCAGCGCAACAACCCUACAGUGGUAACUUUGGCCAACCGCCUCAAGAAUUCUACGGCGAUCAGAACAGAGGAUGGGGCAGCCAGCCUCAGGGCUAUGGUCCGCCUCAAGGCUACGGUCCAGGACCUCAGCAAGGAAUGUAUUAUGGACCUCCAGGACCCGGGUAUGGUCCGCCUCAAGGAGGGUACUAUCCACCACAAGAUCGACGUGAUGGCGGUGGGGCAGGCGCUGGUAUUUGCGCAGGUAUAAUGGGUGCUUUGGCUUGCUGUAAGUACAAACCCGGACAAGGAGCGACGGCAGGUGUCAACGUUGCACGUUUGGCGCAGUCCGCUAACGAUGUUCUUUCCAGGUUGUUGUCUCGAUAUCCUGUUCUAAUGGCAGGAGGCUACGCAGAGAGAACUGCUGGGUUAUGA